GUUGAGACCACGUGUAAAGUUCAGUACAAGUGAGAAAAUCCUCAGUCGUGUUUCUUUCCUCACCUUUCCCAAACUCCUCUCGCUCUAUCUCCAAAUUUUCUUUCUUAUUAUAAUAUUCCAAUAAACCUCACACAAUGAAGGUGAAAAACACUAGCAAACCUGCAAAAUCCGAUUACGAUAACAACUUGCAGAAAAAGUUCGGAUUUUUAGCCCUUUUGCGAGCAUGGCUUUGGCAAAUGCAUCCCUUUUAGCUUUUGGGCCGCUCUCUUCUCAUCCUCCUUCGCCUUCAUCCUCGCCCUCAUACCUUCCGGUGACAGGUUUUCGAAAACCGCCGUUUGAAUUGACCGGAAAAAGAAAUCUCAGGUCUAACUUUAUUUCCACAUUUGCCCUUAAAAUUGGUGGAAUUUGUGAGGCUGAGGAUUUAGGUUCGGAGAACGAUGAUAAUGGCGAUGAUGAUGAGCUGCUGGGAGGAUCCCACGAGACAGAGACUUUCUUGUAUUCGUUCUCUCCUUUGAAUUUGCUACUCUUGGCUGCUCUGCCUGGAGCUACAACCGUGACAUCUUUAUUCAGCCCCUUUGUUGAGCUUAUAAAGUCAUGGAACCUUCCGGAUUGGCUGGUCCACUGGGGUCACCCUGGGAACAUGACCGUUGUGUUGUUUGCCAUGGGCGGUUAUGGAACUUAUUUGGGAUUUCGUAUUCGUCUUUCGAAUGACGUGGAGGAGAAGGCUAAGGCCAAAGAUUUGCACCCGAAGCUUCUCGGAGGAAUGUUUUUCUUCUUUGCUCUCGGGGCUACUGGUGGAGUUAUAUCUCUUCUCACUUCUGACAAGCCCAUCUUUGAAAGUCCUCAUGCUGUAACAGCCUUCAUUGGCCUUGCUCUCUUAACAAUUCAGACGAUUUUGCCAGCACUAUUCGAGGGCAACCCCGGAUUGCGUAAUGUUCAUGGAAUUUUGGGCAGUGGUAUUAUGACAUUGUUCCUUGUUCAUGCUGCCCUCGGACUUCAGCUUGGACUGAGCUACUGAGGAUUCUACAUAUUCCUUCAAUGAAAUCAAUAUUUCUUCAUAGAUUCAUUUUUUGGAAAAAAAAAAAUAUGAAAUAUGAAUUGUGGAGAUGUAAUUUGAUGUUGGCAACAGUUUGGUAGAUAUCCCUGACAGUCACCAAAUUUAUUGGUAAAUUUUAUUCAUCCACCAUUAGUGAG